UAUGGUUUAGUCGCGUAGGUGAUAGAGGCACGGUGAUGUGCGUUGUAACCGAACGAUAAAUUUCUUUCGAUUCAACUAAAACCACCCUCUUUCACCAAACCCCGGUAUUUUCGCAUUUAUAAACAUCCCCGGGUUUCCGCAUUGAGAGCUUUUCGCGUACCGUUAGUUACGUUUACACACCACAAGUGAAUCUACAACAAAAAACAUCGUGUUAUGUUAAAAUAGGCGAACAAGUGUAUCGAAAAUGAACGGGAUUGGAUCUGUGACACCACAAGAAUUAUUCGUCAAGGAGGGAGUUCAAAUUAAGGAAAUAGAUGUUGGACAAAGCUGUAAUAAUUGUCCUGAUUGCAAAAACGGAUACGAACCUCAUUUAUGGAGAAAAGAAUGCAAGGGAUGCAAAUGUACUCGGGACAACCACGAAAUCGUAGCAGAACAAGGUGCGAAAAUUCGACUUGGUUUAAAUACGACAACUUUAGAAGCAGGAAUAGCUGACCCUAGAUCUUUAGGAUAUUCUUUUGUACCCCCUGGAUUAACAGCGCGACAAAUCGAACAAUUUUAUUCAACGUUGCCAACACACGAAGUACCAAGAUUAGGAACAAAAGGAGAAUCAUUAAGAUGUGAAAGAAUGGUUAAACAAUUACCUAGGCAAGAUUUAGCUUAUAGUGCUUGUAAACACGUCGAAUCAUCGAAUAAAAGCGGAUAUGAAGAUUUUAUCACAGCUCGAAAUGAAAUAGCUUUAGAUAUAGGAUUUGCAAGACUCGCGCCUCCAGGAAAUUCUUGCACCGGAUGUAAUAAACCUUUAAUCCCACAAAUGCCUUGCGUAUCAGCUGCGAGGAUGGGUUCAUCCUUAUGGCAUCCCGCUUGUUUUAAGUGCCAUCAAUGUUAUGAGUUGUUGGUUGAUUUAGCGUAUUGCGUUCACGAGGAAAAUUUGUAUUGCGAACGUCACUAUUCCGAAUUGUUAAAACCCAGAUGUGCUGGCUGUGAUGAGCUUAUUUUCAGUGGAGAGUACACGAAGGCCAUGAAUAAAGAUUGGCAUGGACAGCAUUUUUGUUGUUGGCAAUGCGACGAAAGUCUUACUGGCCAAAGGUACGUCUUGAGGGAUGAUCAUCCGUAUUGCGUUGCAUGUUACGAAUCGGUUUUCGCAAAUGGUUGCGAAAAGUGUAAUAAAAUCAUUGGAAUUGACUCCAAGGAUUUGUCAUACAAAGAUAAACAUUGGCACGAAGCUUGCUUCCUUUGUACCAUUUGCGGCGAAUCUCUCGUGGACAAACAAUUUGGUUCGAAAGCCGAUCGUAUUUAUUGCGGACGUUGUUACGAUGAGAAAUUCGCGUCGAGAUGCGAUGGUUGUGGAGAAAUCUUCCGUGCUGGAACGAAGAAAAUGGAAUACAAGACGAGGCAGUGGCACGAAAAAUGUUUCUGUUGCGUUGUUUGUAAGACACCGAUUGGAACUCAAAGUUUCAUCCCGAGGGAACAAGAAAUUUAUUGCGCCAAGUGUUACGAAGAGAAAUAUGCUACUCGUUGCAUUAAAUGCGACAAGGUAAGAAAACAAAAAUAAAUUACAAAAGAUAUGAAACCCAUUAUCAGCUCAAAAUGUAAAUAUUAAUCAUUAUUUGUGUGGAUGACUCUUAUUCCUUGGUUUUGAUGUAUUAUAUUUAUGACACAUGUCAAAACGUUAAAGUGUCGGUAACCUAAGCUACAAAAAUAAAAAAAAUCCCUGAAAAACUACCACAUUCUGCCGAAUAUUGCCAAGAAGUCAAUU